AGGCUGAGCCGUGGAGCAGGCGCGGAGGCGGUGGCGGCGCCGGUGGGGCCUUGGGCACGCUUCGGGGAGCCAAUGCGCGUGCGCGGGGCUAGAGCCACAGUCUUUGGGGGAGCACGGAGAUGGCGGCCGCCGGGGGAGCUUCGUCUGAGCCGGCGGUUUCAGAACAGCCGGCGGAGCUGUCUGCCGCGGUGCGGGCGAGCAUCGAGCGGAAGCGGCAGCGGGCGCUGAUGCUGCGCCAGGCCCGGCUGGCGGCCCGGCCUUACCCGGCGACGACGGCUGCGGCUACCGGAGGGAUGGCUAAUGUAAAAGCAGCCCCGAAGAUAAUUGACACAGGAGGAGGCUUCAUUCUGGAAGAGGAGGAGGAAGAAGAACAUACAAUUGGAAAAGUUGUUCAUCAACCAGGACCUGUAAUGGAAUUUGAUUAUGUUAUAUGUGAAGAAUGUGGUAAAGAAUUUAUGGAUUCUUAUCUAAUGAACCACUUUGAUUUGGCAACUUGUGAUAACUGCAGAGAUGCUGAUGAUAAACACAAGCUUAUAACUAAAACAGAAGCAAAACAAGAAUACCUUCUGAAAGACUGUGAUUUAGAAAAAAGAGAACCAGCUCUUAAAUUUAUUGUGAAGAAGAAUCCUCAUCAUGCACAAUGGGGUGAUAUGAAACUCUACUUAAAAUUACAGAUUGUGAAGAGGUCUCUUGAAGUUUGGGGUAGUCAGGAAGCAUUAGAAGAAGCGAAGGAAGUUCAACAGAAAAACCGAGAAAAAAUGAAACAGAAGAAGUUUGAUAAAAAAGUAAAAGAAUUACGGCGAGCAGUAAGAAGCAGUCUAUGGAAAAAGGAGACAGUUGCUCAUCAACAUGAGUAUGGACCAGAAGAAAACCUAGAGGAUGACAUGUACCGGAAGACUUGUACUGUGUGUGGCCAUGAACUGACAUACGAGAAAAUGUGAUUUUUAGUUAAGUGAUAUGUUUUAUAGUGUGGAAAUUUUUAGAUUGGUCUUGUUCAAAAUUCAUCAAAACGUAAAGUCUUCAUAGAUGAAUGAAACACUUGUAUAAAUAAUGCUUCAAUAAUUAUGUAUGUUAUGGCUUAAGAAAAAGUUUCAGUUAAGGUCCAGCAGGUCUGGUUGUGGGCAAAAUAUUGGGUCUGUGACCAUUUUUUCUACAAUAGGUAUGGGAGCUGAGUGAUAGGUUCAAAAAUGUUAGGUUAGAGCUAAAAUUGAGAAAUAAGCAACCAAGACAAACCCUAGAUUGGGGUAGGAGGAAGAGCUUUUAGUAGUAAAGGCAAAAACUGGCUGAACUGGAUUCUUAUCCCAAGAAACAGCAGGGAUGGUGGUAGACCACUGCACCCCAGAGGCUGGGCCAGGUCUUCUAGACUACUGUCUGCAAGUCAAGGGAGCAGGGAGCUAUUGCUGGGACAAGUUUUCUGUACCCUUAGGGUUUACUACUAUAGAUCUUAAUAUUAGUUUCCAGAUAGCCCUUUUCAAGUCUGGAUUAAAAUGGAAAAACUAUAUUGAUCAAAGGUAGUGAUAAGUUUAUCAUAACUUGUUAACAUUUACUGAGCAUUUACCAUGUGCCAUGCAGACACUAUGCUAAGUGCCUUACAGGUAUUCUCAUUUAAUCCUGGGAGGGAAGACAGCUUGCUUCUGUGCUUGUUUUAACACUUCUAAAGGAGUGGUAACCUACAACCUGACAUCACCCCAGACACCUGGAUCAAGUUUAGGUAGUCAAAUAUUCCUCUAUCUUGUCAAAAGGAUUACAAGGUAGUUAUAUCUAGUAAGAGCAUUUGAUCCCAAGUGCUUGAUUACAGGGUCUAUGCAUUCUUUUUUGAUAAAAACAAAUUCAAGUUAUGAUAAACUAGAUAAAUUUUCAAGUUCUUUGACAGGACUUCUUAUCCUACUGCUACAAAUAAAUAGGAAGUUUUUGUACAUUUUCAUCUCUAGAUCAGCUCUUGGAGAUUAUGCUUGAGGGAAGGGCAAAAGUCAAAACAAGUCAAAGACUUGAGACUAUAAUUACUAAUUGUUCCCUAUAUAAGUAUUCAAUACAGAAAUGUUUUAUUUAUCGUGUUGAUUUUUUUAAUGUGUUAUGCUGAAUAUUACAGCUCAGUAAAAAGCGAUUCCAAAUGGGCAGCAAGAACUUCUUGGGAAAAAAAAAAACACCUUCCCAGCAAGUAACUAGGGGUUCAGGCUGCUGACAACAGCAUUACUACUGGGAGACAAGGAACCCUAAAACCACCACAUGGACGUAGUUUCAGAUUCCAUUUACUACCUGUGGACCUUGGGUAAGUUACUCCGUGGGCCUGUUUUUAUCUGUCAGAUGGGUAUAAUAAUGUAAGGACUCUCAUGACGAUUAAAUACAGUGAAUCUAUAGCAUCUGGCACGUAACAGCCAGUUGUUAAUGAGCACAUCAUAUCAUCAAGACCAGUGUAGUUAAUAGACUUGUCCAGUUGAGGUGGGCUUCUAGUCACUCUUCACCUUCAUCAAUUUAGGACAGUCCUGGUAUCCAGCUGUCGCUGACAGCCAGAUCUGCUUUACUCAGGUUGCCAAGUUCUGUCCUCAUCUUUCAUUUUCAGGUAUAAUUGUAGAUUAGUAAGUUACACAAAUCACUGCUAAAUACUUUCCAGGAAAAGCAAACUUAUCUUCAUAUGAACUGCUUUCUGAAUAAUUCCUGGGAGAUUGAGAGUUAAGGAAAAGUACAUGUUCACUUUGACAAAAGCAUGUUAAAUGGCAUCAGCACAGUUUAAUAGAAUAUUGAUUUACUGCAAGGUAUGAUGUACAGUGACAUGCCAUUCUUUUGUCUGUGUGAGCUUCAUUAGUGGGGAGAGCAACUGUUGAAUGUUUGCUCUUGUACCUUUAUUUCUUCAAAAUUCAGUCUCUGAUUCAGUUUUUUCAUAUACCUAGCUGCCAGACUGGGUCAGAGCAGGGUUACAUCAGUGAGCAACUGUUAGAAGCAACCAUUACACAUGAAGAGAGGGUCCAAGAGAAAAGAGGUGAAAACCUAGAAAUUCCUCUAGGAUCUGGAUCAAGUAAGUAUAACUAGCCAAACUUUGCAAUACAUUAUGAAAGGAUUACAAAGCAGUUUAGGAUCAAAGUUAACCAAAGCCUUAAAUGGUUAUCCUUUAGCUUCUUGAGGACAGGAGCUUUUUCUAAUUACAUAAUUUGUGGGAAGGAGGAACAGUGUAAACAAAAGACCAUUUAGCAAAGAACCUGGGUUUUAGUUCCUUUUCUGCCAGUAACAUGCCAUGCAACCUUAAUCUUGUGAUUAUUUGUAAAAUGGUACGGUAUUUUAAAAUCCUAGGAAUUUCCAUCUAUUGAGUAGACUAUAUUCUGUAGCCACUAAAUGUAUGGUAAACCAAAGAGACUGCAUUUAUUAAUAUGGAAAAUACCUAAUGCAUCAUAAACUUAUGAUGUACUAAAAGUUAAAAAAAAAGAUAGUACAAAUGCACAAAGAUACUUUCAGUUGUGAGAUUAUUGGUAAAUUUUUCUGAAGGUUUAAUGAAAAAAGUCUAAAAAUGUUAGGAUUUGGAAUGUCAAAUAAUCCCUUGUGUGUUAUUUAACAGUGUACUUUUAUCAUCUUAAUUAAGCCUCAACACCAUACAGGAAACAGGCUCCAGAAUUAGUAGUUACUUGGCCCACCCAGACUCCAUAGAAAUAAAAUCCAAACCUACAUCUAAUGCCAAGUAUAGUUUUAGCCAAUCUAGCUACUUCUAAAUCCCACUUUAGCAUGUAAUUCACUGUAUGACCUGACAGAUGUCUCAGAUUUGAGGAAAUGAUCAAAUAUUCUAAGAUGAUGAUAGUUCUAAAACUUAUCUGCACAUUGGAAUUACCCGGGAGCUUUAAGAACUACCAAUGAUGUCUCUGUUCCACCCCCAGAGAAUGUGGUUUAAUUAAAAAAAAAAACCUUAGAGAGCCCCAGGUGAUUUAUGUUCAGAUGAAUUUGGGAACGUCUACUCUAGUAACACCUUUUAAUAACAGUAGUGUCUUAAAAUACUACAGUAAUGAAAAAUACUUUGAAGAGAAAAUUUCAGAUAGAGGUAAGAAACCUCACUUAGUAAGAAACCACUAAUUUUAAAGUGGACUGAGAUGAUAAAUCAUGAAAUACUAAAGUUUAAAAAAGAUAUUUUCAGUUUUAUUUCAUCCAUGUUUGUUAGAUGACCCAUGUUACCCAUGAGCUGUGAAAAGCUAUGCUACUUGAUAAUAAAUCCAUCAUCAGUUCUAUAUACUACUUUGUAAGCUUGACCUCUAGUGUUUCACAUACCUCAAAUCAGUUAUCUUUUGUGCCUUAAGGAGAAAAAUAUCAGAGAAAAGUUGUAUCUGUCACAUAUAUAAUACAUCCACUGUCACAUUAUUGUCAUUAGGGAAUAUCUGCUUUUUAGCAGGCAGUUAAAGGUAAUCAAUACCAUAUUCUUCACUGUCCUGUCCUCCCCCUCUGCUUCAAGAAAGGAUGCUACAAGAAAGCAAGCAUUCAAACCAUCAAAAAUAAGACAUUAUUUUGAGAUCUUAAAAAAAUCUUGACAGGAAGGGGAAAAAAAAAUGACCCUUAGGCCUGCAGGGCACAGAACUGCUGGAACACAGCCAGGAUAUGAGGGUCUAAUUCAGCAGUGAAGAGCAGGUUCUCCAGGGUCACCAUGUACUGCUGGAUUAUUUGGUGAUGCUGUGGACACAGAAAAGGGGAUAAGUGUUUAGGUCAGGAGAGAGAGCACAUAAGCAGUCUUGCAGAACAUUUUCCUCAACGGCCCACCCACACUGGAAUGAUGGGAAAGAACAGGAAAAAAAAAAAAAAAAGUGGUUUUGCCGGUAGGAAUAAUAGGCCCCUGAAAAGCCUCAACCUUAAGAAAAUGUAGGCGUAAACAAACAACAAAACAAAACGAUGUUCAAUAAUUUAAAAAAUCCAGUUCUGGCCUGCUUCUAUGUAAAUAAAUGCAAUUCAUGCUUCAAGGCAGCAGCACCUGCUACUCUUCUAGAUGAGGUUCAGAUGUGUCUCCCCUAAUCAGGACAAAAUACAGUAUGACUUUUUAAAAGCUGUCAGGACAGGGACUGAUCUAGGAAGAUUUAAAAAAAGGGGGGGGGGGUUGGGGGGGAGGUGGAUACAUUACAAAUAAGAAUAGCACUGUUACUAAGUAACCAUGAUUUAACCAUGGUCCUUGAAACAUAAGGAAAAAUUUGGAAUCAUUUCCUUUUUUUGGUUAGGGCUUUAAUGUAUCUCUUUGCAAAAGAAAAAAAUAUUAGAGAAUUAGCCGGUGAUAUUAGCCAGUGAUCUGUGAAGUAUUCCACAAAAUAGGAAAACCUCAUUUUUUUAACCUUUUAAAAAUAAAGAGGUCAUCUAUCUGUCUUACUGAAAAUCAGUGACUUGUUGAACCUAACUGGAAAAAAAAGUCAGAAAAUGAAAUAGUUUCUUCUAUGUGUACAAAUAUAAACUUUAAUAUACUGAGAUUCCUAUAGGACUAACUAGGGGCUGUUAAAGCUUUUAAAUUUGACAGUAACUAAAACUAGAAUAAAUUUUUGCUUGCAGACUUAAAGAACCCCCCCCCCUUUUAUGCCUUCUGCUUUAAUCAUUUUUCUAGAACAAACAAAUGAGGAUUUGGGGUGUUAGUGUCUGAAGAUACAAAGGAUUAGUUUCACUCUCUUACAGAUCUUUAACUUAAAUCUAGCAGAGAGUAGGUGUUGCAUUUAAGGACCUCAGAGAACUUAAAUAGUGCCUCCAGAAACAAGGUUAUCAUCUGCACAUUGGAUUUACAGAGAUUCUUAAAAUCUAAUUACUCUUCCCUUAGCAUUUUUUUCUCUAUAUGUUGUAUUACAGCUAGGCUCUCCAAAGAGAAUGGUAAUUAGGAGUCUGAAUGAUAGAGCCAGUUUAAGCCUAAAUAUUGUGAUGAGCAGCAGUAGGAACAAAUGGACACUAAGGGGCUUACAGGUACUACAUAACCUCCUGACAGAUUUGAUGACUUUUUGAAGUGGAAAAUCCCUGUGGCUGAGAAUGAUGUUUAUUAUAUAAUCAGUUUUCCACAAACCUGUAGGAAGAUCUGCUGGAGCCUCUCUAUACAGUUCUUAUACCACGGUGUUAAUACACUGGUCCCGUCAGUUUCACAUCGUACCAAGUGCUCGGUCAAGAUCAUGAUAAAACGCUGGAAAAGGGGUACAAAGUUCCAGAGGUGUCAGAAAAAAUUCUUAUACUUUGGAAACAAUCACAUUUUUGACCAAGAGACCUCAAAGGUAUUGCUUGUUUCACCCUGUCUUUGUGGUGUGUAUCCAUAACUUUCAUAAUUCAAUAAAUAACUGUCAGUGUAGAAAAGCAGUGAUAAUGAGUUAGUACAUUGUUUUUGGGAAUACCCGAAGACCUUUAAUGUCUAGAUUACUUAUGCUAGUAAUUUUUCUUAGAACCUGUUCUAAGUACAUAAUCAGAAAUGUUAACAGGAAUGUAUACACAAAAAUCUUCAGGAAGGAAAACAAUCAUCUAUCAAUAAAUAGAUCAACAAUUGGGAAUAAUUAAAUAUGAAAGAGGUAUUUAACAAUAGUAUCCAUUUUUUUAAAGCAAGGAGAAAUGCUCAUGCAAGAAUGCUCAUUAAGUAAAUAACAAUUACUUCCAGUUAGUGAACUUUUAUUUUU